AUGGGAGGCUGUGCGAGCAAACCCAACGAUUUGGAUGGCCAACCGGCACCACUCCCGGUCCCGGCUGACACCCCCGACAGCCCUAAGAAUGCCGAGGGCGAGACCGUUCCCCAAGACAAUAACAAUGGAGGUGAGGAUAAGAAGGACGAACCUUUGGUAAAUCUUUCUGAACCAGCUUCGGAGGCUCCCAAGGUUGAAGACACCGAAGCAGCCACUGUUGUUGAAGAGAGUAAGCCAAGUGAGGUGACUUCAAAGCCAACAGAAGAGAAAGUUGAGGCCCAGGAGCCAACCAAGGAAGAGAAGAAAGAGGUAGCAGAUGUUGUUGCAGAGAAACCAGAAGUCCUAGUUGCUGCCCCAAAAGCAGAGGAUAAAAGUGAUGCACCUCUCGUUUUAGUAUAA